GGCGGAUUUCUACUACGAUUUUUACGACCUGUGAUAGGGUGGAUAAUGACUAGCAUAGUUAGAAAAGUUGGUAACGAUAAUUGGAAAGACGAUUGAUUGACGUGGAUGUUUGGAAAAACAAUAAAUAAUUUAGUGUCCGCUACUUGACUUUCUUAACUCCUUUUGUUUCUCGAACAUGCCAUUGGAUUACAGCAAGUGGGACAACCUUGAACUCUCUGACGAUUCUGACAUUGAGGUCCAUCCAAAUGUUGACAAGCGCUCAUUUAUUAAAUGGAAGCAAGAGUCCAUCCAUAUGGAGCGCGAACAACGCCGUCAAAAGAUCGAAUUUCUGCAAAAUGAAACAGGCAGGAACGAUCGGUUAUUAAAGCAGCUCAAUGAACUCAUUACUGUGUGCCAGAAGGAUGGAACCCGAAAAGUGAUUGAAGAUAUAACCAGCAUUCGCGAUAAAGCUCGCAAGGAGGGCUCUAGCGAUACUCCUAUCCCGAACUCAGCUGGAGCAACGGCAAGCUUCGAUGCUAUCAUGGAAUCCCUUGUGGGUCAGAUCGAAACUGCCCUCAGGACUCAAUCAGAAGAAGACGUUAAAAGACAACUGAUUACAAGAAUAACUGAUUCAAGAAAUAAGGCACAGGCUCGUCAAGAUGAAAUGCUGGCUGAGCUUGCCAAGGAGGAGAAGGAAGCGGCCAAGAAGAUGACGAGCGAUAACAUGUAUCACGAAUCAUUCAACAAAACAAUGAUCAGUAAGCCAAUUUUACCAACUUCAAAACCCUCUGAACCGAAGAAACAAACAAACAAAGUGAUCGAAACCCUGAAUGCCGAUUCUGUUAACGCGGCGCCAUCUCAAGACAACUCUGCAGUUGCUACCAAGGCUGAAGCAGAAGAAGAUGAAGAGGAGGACGAUAUUACGGUCUCACCACUAGCAAAGGAAUUCGCAAAGCUGUCUGGAUUCGAACCUGCUUUCAGAUUUGUUGGAAAACAUCCAGAGAUCGUGUCGGAAACAUACUCUGAUCAAUUACUUGCUGAGGCAUUUACGGAACAAUUGGAAGGCAACGAAAAAUACGCUAGAAAUUGCGUAUUCCAAUCGCUGAUUUUGCAAUACUGUGGCCAGCUUGGUAAAGAUGGAAUCAGCUUGUUCUUUGCCAGAAUGAGUCCCUCCGCACCUAAUCAACAGCCUCGUCGCCUGUUUGAAGACGAUGUCAAUAAGACAUACACACGUAUCAAGAACCGAUGCGCGGAAAUCAAUGCAGAAAAGAAGGAACAGCAAGUUGAAACAAUCCAAUUGCAGCAAAUGCAAGAAGGUAGCAAGUUGACAGUCAGAAUUCCCGAUGCGAAUAAUGAGGAGGAAAAGCAAGCUCUUGAGGUGUAUGAAUGCUUACCACCGAACUUUAAAACUGCUCUCCAAACUGGUGAACUAGACGAAAUCAACAAGGUCCUAGCUGAAAUGAAAGUUGAAGACGCUGAAGUCGUGCUAAAGGUAGCUUCGGAUUAUGGUUUCUUGGACCUUGAAGGAGAGGUAUUAGAGGAGGCUCCUGAACAAGCAAAAGCCUAGAGGUAUGGCGUGUGGACGUGACACUCAAGCUGCAUAACUGUAACAUGAGUCCAUCUGUAUAUCAAUAAAAAACGCCUUUUUCAUUUUGUUUUAUGCAAGGAA